AUGGCCUCCGCGGGUGAGGGAAAAAUGAAGGGUUGCCGCCCCAAACUUUUCGGUGCAAAGGAGAAGAAAUCUGCAAAGAGGACCGACAGUCCAAGCUGCAAUGCAGCAGCUGAGCUUGGACCAAGUCCUUCUAAGACAGUAUCCGCUUCCCCCUUGAGAACACUUUCAGGAGUUAAGAGCAUACGUCUCAGCCAUUUCCUGGCCCAACCUUCUUCUAUUAAUAGAACAACUGAGCCCAUCAGAAUUUUUGUCUCUACCUGGAACGUCGGUGGGAAAGCACCUACUGCUGAACUGAACAUGGAUGAUUUUGUUCCACCUCAUGAUCAUUCAGAUAUUUAUGUGUUGGGUUUUCAGGAAAUUGUUCCUCUCAAUGCUGGUAAUGUGCUUGUGAUAGAAGACAAUGAACCAGCUGCAAGGUGGCUUGUUCUUAUAAACCAAGCACUAAACCGGCCAGCUCAUAAUGAUACCAAUGUCUUUCAGCGUCCGACAUCUCCAUCUGUCGAUUCUACUUCAUCUCGAGCUUCUUCAAGCCUCGACACUUCAUUCUCUGAAUUAACAAAAACAGCAAGUGGUUCCGCAAUCUUCCAGAAAUCUUCCCUCAAAGCCAUUAGAAAACCUUUCAUGCCAAUGCAGAGAAAACGGCUUAAGGCCUGCAACUGCCCAGCAGAAAUGAUCAAAUCAUCGUACAGGGAUGCUUGCUUUCGGCGCCCGAAAAAACAUGCUGACGAGACUGAUUCCUCGGGAGAGGAAGAGAAAGAGAACACGAGGGAUUCUUGCGGCUCUGUGCUAAGUGAAGUAACUUCCGCUCCCACCGCAAGGGAUAAGCUAAAAUAUAACCUCAUAGUAUGCAAACAAAUGGUUGGUAUUUUUGUCACUGUGUGGGUAAAGAAAGAACUAGUGCAACACAUCGGCCAUCUAAGAACGUCUUGCAUAGGGCGAGGAAUUCUUGGCUGUCUUGGAAACAAGGGAUGUAUAUCAGUAAGCAUGACAGUGCACCAGACAAGCUUUUGUUUCAUCUGCAGCCAUUUGGCUUCAGGUCAGAAAGAAGGGGACGAAUUCAGAAGAAACUCUGAUGUUCUAGAGAUAAUGCGGCUCACACUGUUUUCGAGGCUUUGCAGGAGAAUUGGGCGAAGAAUUCCUGAGAAAAUUCUUGAGCAUGAUAAGGUAAUAUGGUUUGGGGAUUUGAACUACCGUAUUGCACUGAGCUAUGAAGAUACGAAAAGGCUUUUGACGGAAAAUAAUUGGGAUGCCCUUUUCGAAAAGGAUCAGCUAAAAAUUGAACGAGAUGCUGGACGAGUGUUCAGGGGAUGGAAUGAGGGGAAGAUAUAUUUUGCUCCCACAUACAAGUACUCCUCUAACUCGGAUGCGUAUGCUGGUGAGACUGCAACAUCAAACAAAAAGAGGAGAACGCCAGCAUGGUGUGAUAGAAUAUUGUGGCAAGGAGACGGCACUUCACAGUUGUCCUACUACCGUGGAGAGUCCCGAUUUUCAGAUCAUCGUCCUGUCUGUGGAACCUUCAUUGUCGAGGUUGAGGCACUAAACAGAAAGACAAAGAGGUGUUCAUCUAAUGCUGACAUGAAAAUCGGUGCUGAAGAACUUUUACCAACGGACAAGAAUAAGGGUAAAGAAGAACCGGCACACUGGGAUUCGUCGUGUGCCUCUCCAACACCUCCAGAUCAGAGUUCCACACCAUGGUGGCGGCGAUGCUGUUAUCUGAGCAACCAUGAUGUUCCUGCUGAGGCAUGA